AUGCCAGUGUUGCCCUCACAUCCUGGUCUCUGUGGAACAGCAUGUCCCUAUAGGUGCGAUGACCCGCUCAGUUUUGCAGAAAUUGAAUUUCGCUUACCUGGAGGAGCAACACAUACACAUUGCUUUACAGCAAGAACUACGAUUCACCAAGUCAGGGAAUACGUGCAGGCAAAUUUAGAACUACCUUUCGGAACAUGCAAGUUAGAUCUACAACCUUCACUGCUGCAGUCUCAAUAAUGGGAAGUGUGAUUCAAGUUUUAAUGUAUUUAAUGUCAACUAUAAUUAUAUAUUUGUAUGAAAACACAAUCAAACAUUUCUGUCACUAACGUUAAUGUUACAACAAAGAAUAAACAAGAAUAAGAUUUUCAUGAAGUUA